UUGCACGAUACUCGAGACUUUUGUCGAUACCAUUAUGCGCUACUCCGUCUUCAUUGCUGCCUUUGCGGCUCUCACCGCUGCCACUCCUGUGGCUAUUGAGGAGCGUCAGUCCGCGCCGAGUCCUGACCAAGUCUACGUUGAGAAAGUAACCUGGGCCGGCACCGGCUGCCCUCCUGGCAGCGUCUCCGCCGACAUUGGCGAGCAAGCCACUCUCGUCUCCCUCUCCUUUAGCAAGUACGUCGCGGCUACCGGCUCGGGCCAGUCCUCCUCCGACGCUCGUAAGAACUGCGACGUCCGUAUCACCCUUCAUUAUCCGCAAGGCUGGUCCUGGACGGUGGCUACGACGGACAUGAGAGGCUAUGCGCGGAUCCCGGCCGGCUGCUCCGGACGACUGGGCGCGAACUACUUCUUCAGCGGGACCCAGAAUGAUGCUCGCUCUAUGUUGACCAUCGAUGGGCCCAAGGACGACAACUACCGUCUUACUUCCACAAUCCCACACGAUUCUUUGGUGUGGAGUAAGUGCGGUGUUACGGGCCCGCUGUUUAAUGUCAACAGCCAGGCCAUUCUUAACUGCAGUAAGGAUGCCAUCUUGGGUGUUGAUACUCAGGAUACAAAGUUUGAGAUGCAGCUGCAUUUGUCGUGGAAGAAGUGCUAA